UAGGCUAUAAGAAGAUUGCCAAGACCCUGAAACUGAGCUGCAGCACAGUGGCCAAGAACAUACAGUGGUUUAACAGGACAGGUUCCACUCAGAACAGGCCUCGCCAUGGUCGACCAAAGAUGUUGAGUGCACAUGAUCAGCGUCAUAUCCAGAGGUUGUCUUUGUGAAAUAGACAGUGCUGCCAGCAUUGCUGCAGAGGUUGAAGAGGGGGGGGGGGGGGGGGUCAGCCUGUCAGUGCUCAGACCAUACACCGCACACUGCAUCAAAUUGGUCUGCAUGGCUGUCGCCCUGGAAGGAAGCCUCUUCUAAAGAUGAUGCACAAGAAAGCCCGCAAACAGUUUGCUCAAGACAUGCAGACUGAGGACAUGGAACCAUGUCCUUCAGGCAUGGUGGUAGGAGUGUCAUGGUCUGGGGCUGCAUGA